CGCAUGCGCUGUUCCUCCACUUCCCCCCCCUUGGCCAGCAUCUUUUGUGCGCAUGCGCUGGACGAACACAACUGCAAGGCUGGUGAGGGGAGACAGAAGGAUUUUGUUCCUAUCGGGAUCCUGUAGAGAUCUCAGCCAGAAGCAGUGGCUCAGCUAUCAGGUUGCAGCACUCUCCAGCUUGCCGGCUUUAGAAAUGAGUUCCUCCACAACAGGAUUGAAAUCCGUGGAUUAUGAGAUCUUCGGGGAAGUGCAGGGUGUCUUUUUUCGAAAGUACACUGAGGAGCAGGCCAGGAAGCUAGGCCUGGUUGGCUGGGUAAAGAACACAGCACAAGGCACAGUGACUGGACAGGUGCAGGGACCAGUUGAAAAAGUUAACUUUAUGAAGAACUGGCUGAAAUCUGUGGGCAGCCCAAUGUCUCGGAUCGACAAAGCCCAUUUCUCAAAUGAGAGAGAAAUCUCCAAACUGGAUUUUAAUAGUUUCUCAACCAGAUACUAAGAUAUUACAACAACUGAUGCUUGCUGGAACUUUACCACUAUCACCUUUAAUGCCAUUUAGCUUGGAGAGGGAGGAAGAAGAAAAAUUUAUAAAAUGUGAGGGUCUGGAGACUUGGAGGGGAAGGGGUAUAAGUUGCUUGCUAUCCAUGAUCCUACUUGACCCAUUUUUCCCAUAAAUUCUGAGCCUUCCUGUCUUUGAGGAUCUGGCAGUCAACUCCAUGCAUCUUUGAAAGCAUAACACUGUUUACACUGAUGAUAAUGGGGUGCUGUUCUGCUCCACCAGAGUUCUAAGAUGUCACCUGGUGCGCCAGAUGUUAUAGCGAAUGUUGAAGAGAUGCUUUCCUUCCCCUCAGGGAAAGUUGGGAACAAGUCACCCUGUCCCUCCAUCCUCCAUAAGAUGUUUUUUUUUGUAUUUAUUGCUCACUGCAGUCCAAGUCCUGGUAUAAUUGCUUCCCCACUUUAAUUUCAUGCUUUUAAACUGGAGGUCUGCCACCAGUCUCCUGCUGGUCACUUGUCUCCAGGAGGUUAUUCUGGUGGCAGAUCCAAAGUGGGUCUCUUCUGCUAUUAGAACAAGGCAGGUUGACCGAUUUACAGUAGGAAGCGGAGUCUUGCAUGCUAGACUCAACAUCACCAUGACAAUAUAGUGACUGCUUUAGUGACUGCUUAGCGCAGCAUUGCUGUUGGUAAUUUUUAAAGAAAAAAAAGUUACCUGCAGAUGUUCUUGUUGAAAGUGCUUACAUUUGGUGUAAACUGACUUUAUUAAACUGGGAUCGUAAAUGUGUAA